AUCUUCUAGAAGCCCUCCAUUCCCAGUUAAGGGUUUUGCGAAUCAGUCCGUAUCCUCGGCACGUUAGGGUUUUACAGGACUCCGACAUUGCUGUGACUCCUUGAUUCUUCGUCGUGCUUUUACCAGUUAUCUUUGGCCUCAAUUUCUCGUUCGAGAACGCACCAAGAUGAGGGUGAAAAAGCAGAAACGUCAUCGGAAAACGGUUCGAUUUUACACGGCAUGCUUUGGAUUCCGGGAGCCGUUCAAGAUCCUUUGCGACGGGACUUUCGUGCAUCAUCUUCUAGCGAAUGGCAUCGUCCCGGCUGAUACUGCAUUGGCCAAUGCUCUUGGCGGUCGUGUCAAAGUCUUCGCUACUAGAUGCGCUGUUGCGGAGCUCAGCAGCCUUGGUGAAUCUUACUCUGAGUCACUUGAUGCUGCCCGUUCCCUCAUAACUGCGAGAUGUGAACAUGAGAAGCGGAAGAGUGCCAUAGCAUGCAUAAUGGAUGUUAUUGGAGAAAAGAAUCCCGAGCACUUCUUUGUUGCGACGCAAGAUGCUGAGCUGAGGAAGAAGUUCCAAAAGAUUCCAGGUGUGCCGGUAAUAUAUGGUCUCAGGAAUGCUCUCUUUCUAGAACGCCCGUCAACAUUUCAGCAUGACUUUGUGAAGACUGCUGAAGAAGAACGGUUACACAUGACUGACUUGGAGUACAAGAUGCUGAAAAUAAAGAAGAAAAGGGUUGUUUCGGGUGAAGUAAGGGAGUCUUCGGAUGCUAAUGAAGAUAAUGGAGAUCAAAUGUUGGAGGUGCAGAAUCUUAGUAAAUAUGUUAAACGAGACAGAAAAAAUGCAAAGGAUAGAGUUCAGUUCAAGCUAAAGAAAGCUAAGGGUCCGAAUCCCCUCUCAUGCAAGAAGAAAAAAAGCGACGGGGCUACAACCCUUGCAUCUGGAAAGGGAAAUAAUGUCGACAGCAGCAGCAGGAGUAGGAAACGAAAGAGAUCAAGGAAAAACAAAGGCGUAUCUCAGCCUAGUUCUUAGUCCGGUUUCGAGAAAUACGUCAGCUGUUGUCAAUUGUGCGCCAUUUUAUCGAGCCGAGCUGCUCUAAUAUGCCGGAAUCUGCUCAAUAGCGGCUAUAGAGCUGGUUAGAGUUGGCCAAAGCUCCAGGCUGUUCUUACAUGUAAGAUUUUGUAUUUACAUUAUAUUUUAGUGCUAAUCAAUUCACGAUAAUUUAGUUUAUUAUGUAAGAUAGUUGUGGUUAUUUGGUUUUGA